AUGAGGCGAACGAAGCAUUGCCUUUUCGUGCUCUUGCUUUCGCCCUGUCUCACGUCCGUAUGGGGCGCGGAAACUACUUUAACCAGCCUUGUAUCACAGAUUCCAUCAUGCGUACAUGGGGGCUGUAAGUUGAAUUCUGUUUCUACUAUCGCCAACUGUCUCUGUACAGACAUUGAACUUCAAGCAGACUUGUCGUCGUGUGUUCGUCCCAAGUGUUCAUUCGAGGACCAAAAGCGUGCUGCUCAAGUUGAGACAGACCUUUGUGUCACUUUCCCAAAGCCAUCAAGAAGAGAAGAAGCAAGGGCAGUGGCAAUAGCCCUAUCCAUAAUCGCCUUCACUGUUGUCGGACUUCGAUGCGUUUCGCGGUACUUGGUCGACCAUCGGCUUUGGUGGGAUGACUGGAUGAUCAUUGCGGCCACGAUCCUUCUCGCUGCGAUAACAGGCAUUCAGAUAUCGGGAACCAGCCUAGGGUUCGGCUUGCACUACUGGCAUGUCGAACCUUGGGCAAGCACAAGGCUCAUACAGAUGUUCUACAUCGGCGAACAACUUUAUAUCUUGGCCCAGAUCCUAGCAAAGGUCUCACUGCUCCUCUUUUUCUCGCGAAUAUUUUUCUCUUCUCGAUGGUUCUACCUCACGACCCAACUCUUCAUAUUAUUUUUGAUUCUGCACGCGGCAAUAUUUCUCUUCCUCGUCAUCUUCGAAUGUACACCCAUCACAUCGACCUGGGAUCUUGAUGAUCCAUCUCGAAAGUGCAUGAAUAUUGCAGCAAUUGGUUACUCCGGUGCAGUGUUCAGCGUCAUUGAAGACAUUGCUAUUCUUGCCCUCCCAAUUCCCGAGCUUCUUCGACUGCAGCUUAGUACCAAGAAGAAACUCUGGCUCAGUUUGAUAUUUGGGUUAGGGUCAUUUGGAUGCGUUACUAGCAUGGUCCGAUUGAAAUAUCUGGUCCAUCUUUCGGUCACAUCUGAUGUUACCUGGGACAACGUAGAUGUUAUCAAUUGGUCUCUCGUUGAAGUCUCGUGUGCAAUUCUGUGUGCAAGCCUUCCUGCGCUUCGGCCACUAUUGCGGUUUUUGGCUAGUAAAAAGCCAAAGAAAACGACGGACGCAACACCUUUCGACGAAUACCAACCGACUUGUAGGAUGGAUAAGUUCAGUAAAACUUCAGACGAUCCAUCAACGGAACUUUCACUAUCGCCAGUCGAUACCGGGCUCGACGACAUAGCUAGGGAGUUCCAGAUGUGGAAGAGGGGAAGUUCCUCAAAAGAUAGCAUACACUCUGUGACGACCAAUAGGUCGAGGAAUCCUACUUCAAAGACUGGAGCAUAG